AUGCAGCAUCUGGCAAUGGUGUUUGACCGCCUUCAACAAUUCGGCGUUGUUCUCAACCCGUCCAAGUGCGUCUUCGGUGUGCACUCCCUAGAAUUUCUAGGUAAUCUGGUCGACUCCCACGGCAUUCAGCCUCUUCUCUCAAAGGUUGCCGCCAUUCGGGACUUUCUACCCCCUACGUCGAAGCAUCAGUUGCAACUGUUUCUUGGUAUGGUGAACUUUUAUCGCCGGUUUCUCCCGAACUGUGCCGAUACCAUCCCACCUCUAACCAGUCUCCUCUCGGGUUCUAAGCGCACCUUUGAACUUACACCAGCAGCACUCAGGUCAUUUGAGCAGUUAAAAGCCCUUCUGGCUGAUGCCGCCCUCCUGACUCUCUUUCAUGCUGAUGCAUCCAUAUAUCUGAUGGUCGAUGCCUCCAAUGAUGCUGUUGGCGCGGUUCUUUGA